GCAAUAAAAAGUGUUUCCGGUGGGACAUAUUUACACGAUACACAUAGGUCUCCAUGUGAGACAGAAUGAUGGCUAACGGGGAUGUCGGCAACACGUUGCAUGGGUGUUCAACAAUCUUAAGUAUCAACACUGUCCAUCCAGAACAAUUUCUAAGUGUUCAGGAUGCUGCCGCAGCUGAGUUCACCUGUCUUACUAAGGCCCUGUAUGACCUGCAGAAAGGUCAGGAGUCUGCGGACUGCCGAGGAAGCCCGCUGGACCAGCUCGUGGUGGAGAACUUCGACGAAGAACAGAUAUGGCAAGAGCUCGAACUCCAGAACUCUGCUGUGCUGAAGCACUUUGAGACUGCAGUCCAACAGGCUGUCUCUGAUGACACGCUGAGUAUCGUAGAGGAAGAGGAGGGCGAUGAGGUGGAGGGGUGUAUGGGCGAUGAGGAAGAGGCAGGCAGUUCCAAAGCACUGUUGGCUGACAAUGCAGAGAAUAUUACAGACGACGACUCAGAUGUAAAUUUUGAUGUAGACACCUUGGAAAAAAAGGUUCAACAAAAGAAACAGCCUGCGAAGAAACCAUCCAAACAGCUGGGUGUUCCGUCUGAGGUGGACGACAGGUUCUUCAAGUUGUCAGAGAUGGAGUCCUUCCUGGAUGAUAUGGACAAGCGGGAGGGUAAGGAGGGUGUGGGGGGAGAGGACGUUGAUUACUUCCAGGACCUACCCUCUGGGGACGAGGAGGAGGACCUGAACUUUGAAAACUUGCCCCCCAAGAAACACAACAAAAAGAGCAUGGUAAAAAGCUCCAGGAAUCUGAAGUACAAGGAUUUCUUUGACACGGUGGAUGGUGCACCAGCCAAGACAGAUGACAUGUCAGAAGACGAGGACAGCAUGGACGGCAUGCAGGAGGGAGAGGAAGAAGAAGAGGAGGAUGAUGAGGAGGAGGAGGACGAUGAUGAGGACGAGGACUUCAUAGAGGACGGGGAGGAUGAAGAAGGGCGGCAGGCGAAGGAGGCGCUGAAGAAAGUGUCCUUUGACCUCCCAGAGGAUGAGGAGGAGAGUGAGGGAGAGGACAUGCAAGACAUAUUUGGAGGAAAGGCUCAAAAAGCAGUGAAUCUGGUGGCCAAGUCGUCCUUUGAGAAGAGACAAGAGAAGAUGAGUGAUAGGAUUGAUGAGCUGGAGAAGGCGGCUCUGGGAGACAAGCCCUGGCAGCUGACCGGAGAGGUGUCGGCCCAGACCCGCCCAGAGAACAGCAUGCUGGAGGAGGACGUGGAGUUCGACCAGGCCUCCAGGAGGGCUCCUGCUGUCACAGAGGAGACCACACUACAGCUAGAAGACAUCAUCAAACAGAGAAUCAAAGACAAGGUGUGGGACGACGUGGUCCGGAAGGAGAAACCCAAGGAGGAGGUGUUUGAGUACAAGAAGAGACUGACUCUGGACCAUGAGAAGAGCAAGCUGAGUCUGGCCCAGGUUUACGAGCAAGAGUACCUCAAGAAGACACAGUCCAAGACAGAGGAGGAGGAGAGCCCGGCCCAUGUAGAGAUCCAGAAGCUGAUGGACACUCUGUUCCUGAAGCUGGACGCUCUCUCCAACUUCCACUUUACACCCAAGCCUCCUGUACCAGAGGUGAAGGUGGUGUCUAACAUGCCAUCCAUCACUAUGGAGGAGGUGGCUCCUGUCAGUGCCAGCGAUGCCACCCUGUUGGCCCCAGAGGAAGUCAAGGAGAAGAACAAGGCGGGCGACAUGCUGGGAGACUCUGAGAAGACCUCCACAGACAAGAAACGAGAGAGACGCAAGAAGAAGGUGGUGAAGCGUCUGAAGAUCAAGGACAAGGAGAGGAGACAGAAGCUGAAGGAGGCCAGCCAGUCUGGGGAGAACAGGAAGAUCUCCAAGGCAGAGGUGGCCGAAAACCUGAAGAAACUCACCAAAGGUGGCAAAGCAACGUUGCUAAAGGACGAGGGGAAGGACAAAGCCCUCCGGUCCUCCCAGGCCUUCUUCUCCCAGUUGCAGGACCAGGUGAAGAGCCAGAUCAAAGGAGCCAAGGACCAGGCCUCAAAGAAGAAGAAGCACAAGGAACUCUCAGCCUCUAAACUCAAGCUGUAAAAUCCAUGUUUUGUUAUACCGUCAAUAUUUCUUUGUACAGAUUUUUUUUAAGAGAAAAGACUGCAAUAUAUUACAUUUUUUUCUGAAUAAUGUAAUUGUCAUUCAAUAAAUCAGAUGACUCGA